UACAUAAAAAAUGAAAUGUCAUUCUUCUUUUGUUUUAGUGAGAUUGAAGAUUGUACCCCGGAUACAAGUGCUAAAAUAUUUGAACAAAUUCCCAAGUCCAGUAUUACCAAACAAGGAUCUAAAAUGCUGGUAAAGGUGUCUUCAGCUCUGUCAAAUGUGUCUUCACCUCUGUCAAAAGUGUGUCUUCGAAUUAAGACCAGGAUUUCCAAAUCUGCAACACCGGCAGGGCAACUGAUAGCAUUCAAUGAAGAGGAAGAAGAAGGUGUGAACUGUAAGACUGUUCCUAAGCCAGUCAGAUUUUUGGGCCCUUCCACCAGCACCCAAAUCAAAGUCAAGAACUCAGCUUCAGUUAGGGUGUCUCCAGCCAGUGCCCUCCAGGCCUGGUCCCAGGCAUCGGUGAGCCUGUCACCAGGUGAAAAGGCAGUUCAGCCCUCUGCGCAGUCAGAAGCCGCCUCCCUGGGGCACACUGGGGUGCCUGGGCAUUCGCAGGCUUCCCGCAGGACCGACGGUGCUGAAAAUGGAAUCACACACCCGCCUCCAGCAAAGGUUCUGCUCUCCGACAAGAAGGCCAUCCCACCCUGAGUGAUAGAACUGAAGCGGACUCCCCUGUGUGCCACCGGGCCUUCCCCGCCCACCUGCACAGCAGCGAGGCCCAGGAGGUUCCCGGAGUCACCCCGCGAAGGCCCGGCCGUGCAGACUGAGAAUGGUCCUGGCAAGGCUGAUUGACAGAAUCCGUGGACCUGCGGGGGCUGGUUUGGCCCCAGAGCCCAGCCCCUUUGAUACAAAAAUAAAUGGCACUGUUUUUGAUGAAA